GAUGUCUUUUUUCAUUAGUUCUUUUACAGAUCACUGUGUAAGAAUAUCAUAUUGCUAUUGGUGGUUGUCCAAAAAGCAAGACUAUGACUGCUUUUAGAUGCAAAUUUCUUGUGUUUUGCUUGCUUGCGUCUUCUUUAUGUUGUCUCACCACAGCCUUCUAUGUUCCUGGUGUUGCACCUGUCGAGUUUAACAAAGGAGAUGAUGUAGAAAUUAAGGCUGUGAAGUUAACCAGUUCAAAAACACAACUACCUUAUGAAUAUUAUUCCCUACCAUUUUGUAAACCAACCGUGGUGGAAUACAAAACUGAAAACUUAGGUGAAGUUUUACGCGGCGAUCGAAUUGUAAACACGGCGUACAAUGUUAAGAUGGAUAAAGACCAAGGAUGUACAACUAUAUGUGAACAAACCUUGGAUGCAAAAAUGGCUAAGACGCUUGUGCAGAGAAUCAAAGAGGAUUACUCUGUGCAUUUGUUGGCGGAUAACCUCCCUGCUGCCACUGUUUGGCCAAACGACGCAAGCGGGAUGCAGUUGGAACAUGGGUUCAAGUUGGGACUUGUGAGAGAUGACAAAGAGCUUUAUAUUAACAACCAUCUAUCAAUCAUAUUACACUACAACAAACAGCCUGAUGAGGAUACUUACCGAGUAGUUGGUUUUGACGUCCAACCUCGUAGUCUGGAUAGUUCAGUAAUGUUGGAUGCAGGAGCUACUGGAGAUUUCUGUCAUGAACAAGGACAGCAGAAAAUAACUGAAGAAACAACGAAGUUAAAGUUUUCAUAUGAAGUACAAUGGAAGGCGAGUAACAUCCGUUGGGCCUCACGAUGGGACAGCUACCUUGGAAUGGGAGAUGUUCAGAUUCAUUGGUUCUCCAUCGUCAAUUCUAUUGUAGUUGUUCUCUUUCUUGCAGGAGUUCUCACCAUGAUCAUUGUACGGACACUAAGAAGAGAUAUCGCUCAAUACAAUCGGGAAGAUGAUGAUUUGGAAGACGCUCUUGAAGAGACAGGUUGGAAACUCGUCCAUGGCGAUGUCUUCCGUCCUCCUAAGAGGAUCAUGCUCCUGGUUUCAUUUGUUGGCGCAGGAGUUCAAUUAUUUGGUAUGGCCAUCAUCACAAUUGCCAUAGCUAUGCUUGGUAUGUUGUCUCCAUCCAGUCGCGGUUCAUUGCUCACUGCAUCAUUUGUUCUCUUCAUACUUAUGGGGGUAUUUGGCGGUUACUUUUCUGGAAGGCUUUAUAAAAGCUUGAAAGGUCAACUAUGGAAGAGAGCUGCAGCACAAACAGCUUUAUUAUACCCUGGUAUAUGCGCUGCUAUUGCAUUUUUGCUCAACUUUUUCAUCUGGGGAAAACACUCUUCUGGAGCGGUCCCGUUCACAACAAUGCUCGCAAUCCUUGCAAUGUGGUUCGGUAUUUCACUUCCACUGGUGGUCAUUGGAUUUUACUUCGGAUACCGGAAACAACCUUACGAGAAUCCCGUUCGUACAAACCAGAUACCACGACAAGUACCUGAACAACAGUGGUACAUGAACCCAUUCAUCAGUGUACUGAUGGCUGGUAUUCUACCAUUUGGAGCUGUAUUCAUUGAACUCUUCUUCAUUUUUACUGCAAUAUGGGAGAACCAGUUCUACUAUUUGUUUGGAUUUUUAUUCCUGGUGUUUGUGAUUUUGGUGAUUGCUUGUAGUCAGAUAGCAAUAGUAAUGGUUUACUUCCAGCUUUGUGCUGAGGAUUACCACUGGUGGUGGAAAUCGUUUGUUGUAUCAGGAGGUGCAGCUGUGUACGUCUUCUUCUACUCCAUGUUUUAUUUCCAUACACAGUUGAGCAUCUCUGCAUUUGUUCCCACCAUCCUUUACUUUGGUUACACCUUUAUCAUCGUAUUUACUUUCUGGAUCCUCACUGGGAGCAUCGGAUUCUUUGCAUCUUACUCCUUCAUCCGGAAGAUCUAUGCUCAAGUGAAGAUCGACUGAUCUUCGUCAAUCUUCACUUACAACAAAAACUUACUCUGAAACAAAGACUUAGACCCUGCUACAUGCUUUGUCUUGGAUAUAUAAAAGUGUCAAUUAUUUUACGCAGGGUUAAAAAUGUUAUUUUUAUUUUAACAAAAACUGAAAAUAUCAUUUCAUUUUUGCUAACAAUCCAAAAGAACCACAAAAAAUUAAACUUAAGAUAUUUUUUUAAAUUUCAAAGCAGCACAAAAUUGGAAUGCACUUGCCUCAGCUGCAUUGCCCUUAAAAGUUAACAUGAAGCAGUUUUGACACAAGUAUAAUGUAGAUGUGGAUUUUUUCUAUACUUAGAAAUAAUAUAUGUAUGAUUUCUGACAACUAUAUGUUAAAUAAGCAACUGAUUUUGUAUUAAUAUAUAUUUCAGACUUUAUUUUAAAACCAGUUACUUUCAAUUUAAAUUUUCGAUGUGUCUGUAUAAUUUUAAAUUUGUGCUUCUCAACCUUUUUUGCAGCAUGACUAAAUUUUAAGCACAAAGUAAUAGCAAAACGAUUCAUUUCGAAAAAUCUUUUUGGAUUUAUGCAACAAAAAGAAUAUAUAUUUGACUUUACGAAACAAAAGUCUUAGUAAACUAAACUAAUAAACCUCCCAACAAAACGAAUUUCUUCCGGGUUGAGAAGCGUCAUUUAAAGUUUUUCAAAUUGAUAGGUUUAAACCGUGUCAUUAAUGAACCCGUACCUAAAUGACAUCCAUUAGUUUACCAUCGUAUCUGGCUAUGGAGAGUGCCAAUCUAAUACUUAAUCUUGUUUAAAACAACCACAAAAAUAAAGAGUUUUUUCUACACAGUAAUUACAAACACACAUGCCAAUUAAGCAUCGAUUUUCGUGAUUCGAAAAGUCACUUAAAUUGCAUUGCGGUAUGCUUGAUAAUAUCUGAAAAUAUAAAUGUUUUGUGUGAAGCGUUUAUUUAUUUAGCUUCUAUAUUAUUAUUAUUGGUGAUGCUGAGAAUUUAAGUAACAUCCCAUAGUAGAGUUUUAUCAUUGCUUUGUGUGUUUAUAUGCUUACCUUGUUGUAUUAUAAUUAAAACCUUUAGAGUAAAUGUAUAUGUACAUGGUC